AUGUCCUGCGACACAAUUCAGCAUUUGAAAGAGGGUAGGUUUGCGAAAGUUCUUUGCUGCCGAGUUUACGAGGUACUUCGGGAAUUUAGGAUGCUAAUUUACUUAUCCAUAAUGUCUUUAGUAAAGAUUGGUUUACCCGAUUUGACUACUCUCACAUUACUCUGACUAUCCUCGGAAUUACUCUUCCUGUUCUUAAUUCAGGGUUCGGUUCUAAAAGAGACCAUUGCAAAGUUAUGUCAAAAAGGCUCUACUUAUCCGGAAAACUGAACUGUUUCUUGCUCUUCUGAACAUGGGUGUUUCAGCACACUUUUUAAACGUUUGAAUGGUAGGACGAGAAUGGGGAUUAACGAAGUUCCGAGGACAAAAUUGAAACUAUUUGAAGUGUAGCCUUAGAAUACAUCAUGCGAUAGGUGGUCCCAUGCGUUUGCCCUACUUUUUGUCAAGAAACGAUAACUAAAGAUUCGAUACUUCCCGGAUACAUUAGCAAGAACACUGAGUUCACCUAGUCAAACAUAGACUAGCUGGAAGCAGUAUACGUCUCAUAAUGUUAACGAGGACCACAGAAUUGAACUUUUUCAGGUUGGCAAACGUUAGAUAUCCAGGUCGAUAAGCUGAGAAGUGUGAAGUGCUCACUCGAUCAGGGGACUUGUGUGACUGACGUCUCCGAGGGCUUGACUGGCCCUCCAUUAUCAAAGUGUUUUGCGCAACUCAUCUACCAGGAUUUUAAAUAAACGGCUGAUCAUCAAAACAUUAUCUAAAUUGGCGGUUUUUUCUAAGAUUCUGGUCGAUUUUUUUGCACAGAACGCUUUGAUAAUGGACAGCCAGCCAAGCCGAACGAAACGUCAACCAUAAAAUUCGCCUAAUCCGGUGAGCUUUCUAUUUCCUCCUUGCGAUGCCUUGUGAUGAACCUCUCAUAAAAGAAGCAAAAGUAACUAGGUCCAACCACUACCAGCAUUCUCAGCGGCCAGGAGAUUGUAAUGAGGUAAUAUUUCAGGCGUUUCGCUUGCAAUCAGAUUAUUUCUAUUGCACUAUGUUGGCGCUUUUUGCAUGUCUUAAGAGCAGGCGGACCCGAGAGCGUUGCAGGAGUCUAAAAAGGAUUGCCGUCCCGUUACGUUGCUCAACUAUCAAACCAAUGACAAACGACGUAGAUACGAUUCUGCUUCCGAUAUAUAUAUGUAUAUACUAUCCCUCUCUUCUGAAAUACUAUCUUCACAGUUUAUGGUUUCAACCUUACCUUCCGAAAGUGCGAUGCCCGGAUUUAUCCGCACAUUAUCUUUUUAGGCUGUCCCUUUUCGUGUUUUAACUGGCCAAUCUUAUUGAAAUGACGCUAAUGUAUUUGUCGCUGGGAGCACAUUUAAGACAGUUUUAGGAAUCCCUUCUUCCGCAAAAAUUGUUGCUGAUGGACCGGCUUGAAUGCGACCAGCAAAAAAGUUAACAACUAAUUUUGUCUGUAGCAUCCACAGCUGAAUCACAAAAUACUGCUACCGUUAACUCCGCUGGAUCACAACACUCACUAUUUAGCCGUAUUCAGGGACUGACAUCACGAUCGAACACACAUUCAGAGACAACGAAGUGUAAAUCAGAAACAACCAUUCUCGAGUCUUAUUUUUAAAUUUUCCUUUUAUAAUCCGCAAGAAGAACGCUCAAAACAUUUAUGGCGGCCUUGAACGGUCUAACUGGGACGCUGCAAAUACCAUACCCAUGGCAACUGUCCCUUAGUCUGUCGCAGAAUCUCUGGGCCACCUUUACAGAACAGACACCUUUUUUGGUAAUGUUAACGUAUACGUAACGCGGAAGAAAUUACAGCUCUAAGCCUGUCGCUUUCCCGCUGAACAACAGUCUGCGAAACGUCAUUUGACUUAUUUAGUCAAGUAGCCAUCGCAAUAACUCAUUUUGAUUUAAUACGUAAGUGUUCGUCACAUCCACAAAAGUGAAAUGCAAUUCUGGCAUAUAUGACGAAAUUCAGCUCACUGUUCAUUAAAUACUCCUUUUGCUGGAAAUAGAAAAUCCCGGCCGCUUAGAAAUUCUCCCCUUAUUCGCUAAUCUACUUUUUAGGUGAUCCCGAACCCGAGGUCAACCCGGAAAAUUUCACACUCUAUGACAUGCACUGCUGCCCCUACUGUCAGCGCGUUCGAUACACUCUGGAUUACCAUCAAAUACCGUAAGACAGUCUGCCGCCUGUGUUAAAUGAUCCUUCUUUUCGAUCUACUCACACGAACAUUAUUUUACACAGACCAAUCCACACUUGCUUCCAAAUGUUCUUAUUUAACGGGAGACUGAAAAUCUAUUCAGCCACGCAUCUAGAUUACUCGUUUUUAAACAUUGAAAUUAUGACUUGUGGCAUUCUAAAGUGAAGUGAUUAGUAAAGGUCCAUAAUGCAAAACACAAUUAUGAAAUAGUUGGUUUUUAGAUGUUAUGCAGAGUCGUAAUCUGGACAGUGCAGUCUGAGUUUUUUGCUACUUCUUAGGACUCAUAAACAGGUUUAAUUACUUGCUGCCUGUGUACUUCAUUAAGACUUUUGGGGUUAAGAAUUUUGAAAAUUUUAGUUAAGUAGAUGGAGUUCGUUCCCUUCUGACCUUUCAAACACUGGAAAUGAUGUCCUCAACCAAUUGCCUGGAAUCAAAAUUUGGAUGGCAGUGCAAAUGCUGCAUCCAAGUAUGGGGCAAGAUGAAUGCUCCUGUUUAUAGUCGGUGUCGAUGUGGAUUGAAAUACAUGAUUGUAGACAUGAAGAUCCAAACCCUACGAAUUUGGGAUACAGCACCACGCUGGUUGCACCGUUAAUGUUGGUCCCUCAUCGUGUAUGUCGUUAGGGGCUAUGUCGAAUCCUUCGUUCGACAUUUUGCCCGUAAAAUUCUUUGGGCAGACUCCUAAAGCACAUGCAACAUAAACGACCAGGGAACGUUUCGAGAAACUGCUUAUUGUUGUGUUUGACCUGAAUAUGGAGUCAUGCGCGCAACAUGUUUGUUGACUAUAUUAGCAGCCGCACAGCGGCACAUAAUUUACCACUCUGCCUCCCGCAUUCAGCCAUCGCAUGCACAUCAUUCGGCCACAUAAAAACCUGCGGCAAAUCCCCGCAGUCAUGGCCUAAUCACUACACGUUCCUAAGUCAACACAUGCGUCACGCACAAACGCUUCCAAAAUCCCACAUCACCGGCACAUCUCAUGCUAGUGACUUCUUGGCUUCUCUGCCACAUUUGUGAUCCAAGCGGUCUACCCCCUUUAUGUUCGACAUCCUGCGGUGUGCGUAUGGGGGCCAUGUCGCGUGUAUGGUACCCGCAAACGAGCUGUCCUCAGGGUAGAUUGAGUCAGGUUGUCGCUUACUGACGCGCAUGGUUCUAACACCGUACCCGAAAAGCCGUGGCGUGGAAGGUUGUCAACCCAUUUGCACCCAUUUGCGCUUUUGUGAUUUGAUUGGCUAGCUGGGGGACUGAGAGCCAGGCUGCAGUGGCUCCUUCUUAAUAGCACACAUAUGAGGUGCGAGACGCAUCCCUAACUGUGUGUGUAUUCCUGGUCGUGCCUGCGGUGCGGGAGAACGAUCCACUGUGUCCAAUGCCGGCAUCAGACAUUUAACUGGUUCCGACAGGGGCUGGAGCCUGGGAAUGGGGAGGGUGUGUGGGGUCGACGACUCAACGCAUUUUCCUCAUCAUAAACAACUUCACGCGCUUGAAGUUAUCAUGGUGCGCGACUUGGAAGGUUGCCAACUGACGGGAUAACUUGGACCACGCAGUCGGCUCAGUUAUGCAUGUUUGUGUCAAGUGGCCAGUUGGUCGCAGCGGCGCCUUCUUAAUGUGGCCUGCACUCCCACUCCGUGGCAUCCGAGCCGGUUGUGGUGGCACACCUAGGGAGGGCUGCGGUCCCACCAGCCGCCUGUGUCCUCUCCCAUCGGUCUUCUUGACUAUGUCUUAACACCAGGCCAAGGUGUGGAAGGCGAACAGGGUGCGAUAGGUGUUGUUCAAGCCUCACUAUCUCUUAGGGGUUACAAGAGUGAGAGAGGGAUCGACGUUCUCAGCGCGUAUCCUUCACUAUACACAAUCUGAUGGGCAUGAAUCUGUCACGGGAUCCUAAAAGCCGUGGAUGAGAAAGUUAAAAACUGACAGGAUAAUUCGGACCGCGCAGUCAGCCCAGUUUGUGCUUGUUUGACAUGGAGGACUGAGAAUCAGAGUGCAAUGGCUUCUUCUUAAUUUGGCCUGAAUAGCACUCUCGCCAAUUGGGAUCCGAGCCGAUCCACUUUUCGCUGUUGAAUAAAAUCCGGUUCGGUGUACGUUUUGGGCCAAAAUACCCAUUUUUUUAAAAAUAAUACUGACGCAUGCAGCACGAUGUACUACCUGUACCCUAACAUUUCUCAAUGGGUUGUUUCUGCCACAAGACGGGCGAGAACUGUUGGAGGCGUGAGUGUUGGACACCAACUCUAUCAGUAGACGCAUUGAUUUGCCGGCGUGUUUUCACGCACUCCGCCCACACAGCCAGGUGGCGCAGCUCACAUCGCCGCAUGGUAAAAAUGGCGUCACCACGCCGGGGGGGACCAGGCGGCACAAACCAGACCUAUCCACGGACGUAGUCUUCCCCCCCCUCACGGCAGUACGAUGCAAACGUUCACACGUUGCUGCACUCUAGCAGUAUCUGAUGAUGAACUCCAGUUCGAGUUCGAAAGUUGAGGCCAAUAAAUCUACCGUCCCAGUGAUCGUGCCUUCGUCUUCUUUUAAACUUUCUUUAAUGCCUAUCUUCCAGGAUUAUUUGAACUGUGCGUUUAUUUGUCAAUUCACCUUUUCUAGGCGUUCAUUUAAGGACGUCGAUCAACGGUAAAGAACGCAUGUUGUCUAAUAUGCAAUAUGUUGUCAUGUUCUGCCGUUAGAAGAAUUUGUCUUAUUAUUUAUGUUCAGUUAUCUGCAUUUGCCAGUUUUAUUCUCAUCCUCCAGAAAUCCCAUCAAAGAAGGAUACUAAUUUCAUUCGUCUAGACAUCUUUUCAGUAUUACAGCUUGACCUCUUAGAAGUCAUGAAUGCAAACUCAUCUGACAACCAAAUCCUUUUAACACAUACUGGACUCGACAGAUUAUACUUCUCUGACUAGAAUCCCGGAUAAACAAUCUGAUAUAUUACACUCCUCCGUAACACUUUGCUCGAAUAGCAGGUAGGAGAAAAUGAUCUAAUUUCCACGCAUUUUGCACGAAUGUACGAUAAUACAAGUAUAUUGCGAAAGAGUGUAAAACCAAGUGGUGUAACACUUUUUGACCGAGAUAUUUUUACUUGAUCCAGUUGUAAGAAACUAGGCUGCAGCGGUGGGAUUCGAACCCACGACAGGAAGAGCAGGACUUGAGUACAGCCAUCAUUCUAUGUACGUGAGCUAUGAGACCCCAUCGUUAGUUAUGCGUCUGAUCACAUUUGCGUAAUGUUUCCCGUCCUGUAUAGGAUCCGCUAAUUACGAGCCCAAGCAGAAUUUCGAAGGACUCAAUCUAUAAUUUACCAGAUGACUACUAGUCUUAGUUAAUUAGUUGCUCAUUGGAUCCAUCUGGGAAAAACUCGGCUAUCUUGAGGGGAUUUGAAUCCAUGACAGCAAAGGUUAGGCUUGAGUACAGCCAAUGCUUUUACAGGAGGUUGAUGCGGUCGUAAAUGCCGUUUAGCAACACAUAUCUAGCGGAACAUACAAAUCACCGUAUGGUUAAAAUACACGGCAGCAAUUGCACUGCUUGCGCAGGAGAAACACUCCAACCACCGGAACCAAGAGGCCUCGGCCGGGGGCUGGUUUGACUCGAGAGAGAGGGCCCGUAAGGCAAAACAGAACGAGUGAGUUCCGUAGAAACGAUCGGUAAACGCCUCCCUCUAUCAGUCUCCCUUGUAUUUGUCGGUAAUGACAGCUCACGAGAUUUCGCAAAGCAGUGCAGAGAUGAACUCCUAAAGUCCUAUGAUAUGGAUGUUUCCGCAGCUGCCUUUCAUGAACUCACGGACCUUUGUUUGGGAACAUGUUUUUCAUUCGAUCACAAGUAUUAUCAACAAAUAAAAGAAGCUCCUAUGAGAGCACCUAUAUCCGGCUUUCAUGCCGAGGUGAGAAUGCAGAAACUAGAAUCGGCAGAUUUUAUAUUAGUUAACUCUAUGUCGUGUGCAGGAUAUAUAGAGGACACAUUUGUUGUCGUCAAACAGAAUCAACUGGAAAUGCUACACAACACCAUCAACACAACCAUUUUGGGAAUUAAAUUCACGCUCGAAAAAGAAGUCGACAGUAAACUCCCAUUUCAAGAUGUUCUUGUACAGCGUAAGACUGACGGAACAUUACACACUCCCGUUUACUGCAAAAAACAUAUGCGGAAGUACUUCUGCACUAGAGCAGUCUCUCACAAGCGAAGUACUGUCAAAAGUCUUUUACAUCGACCAAAAACAUAUUGUUCUGAUGAAUAAAAGCUACCGAGCUGAACUAAAUUACCUAUGUAAAUUAUAUUCCCAGAUUUCGUGCGUCGACGCUUUAAGCAGCAAGAGAUAAAAGCAAAGGAACUAGAUAGUUCCAAUCAAGCGCCAAAUUCAAUACUUGGCGAAUCCUUCCCUAAAUCGGGAAUGUGUCCGAACUCUUUAAAAUACACUUGAGGAAACACCAAAUAAAAGUGGCUCACUAACCGGCGACCGCUUUACGCACUCAGCUUGUAUAGCCUAAGGACAGGGUUGGCUAUCUCGACUAUAAGAUCCCAUGCGAUGCCUGGGAUUCUGUAUAUUGUGGCCAUACGGGAAAGUCGGAGUUUGUCUCUCUAAAAAAUGCCGAGAGUUCCUCGAAGCCAUGCACUCCGAUGAAUUAUGCAUCAAUCGGCACAUUGAGUUAGAUUCCCCGUACAAGAAUCUCAGGGAAAAGCGGAAGAGAAGAAAGCCAAUCAAUACAGGCUGCCGCACACGGCGGCCACUAACUGGCGCAAAUGCCAAAGGUAUAUCGAUUGCUGAGAACGUUUGAAAUGUUAAUUGUUGUUUACACAUUUGCUUAAGUCUGAAAAAGAUCUGUGGAACCAGCGUCGAAAAUUUACUUCAUAAAAAUGUUCCUCCUUUUCCCUAGGAACGUAUUUGCUUCCAAAAAUACAUGUAUAUAUGUACACAUAUCCACACAUAAAAACUUUGGUCUGAGUCUAUAGGCCUUAAGUGUACUGAUCAACUCAAAGCCUGCAUUAACUUUAUGGGGAAAUUGAAGAGCUACCAUUUCUAAAUUGUACUAUCUACUAGAAAGCAGACAGGGAAUGUUGGGGGACUCACGGACGAGCCCCAACUCUCACAACUAUGUCAUGUAGCGACAGAAUAUCGUGGAAACACGUCGUUAGUUUGAAUCCUAUCACUUUAUUAUGCGGUUUGUCCAAGAUCGCCAACAUCAUAGCGGCAUCCAACCAUCAUUAGAUGGCGUCUCACUGACUAGUCGUUUUAAUAAUGCUGCGUAGAAGCUUUCACUUCAUGACUUCUUCACGCUAAAUUAAUAAAAUUGGCGUCAUUCUUACAAUUGUCAGAGUUACACCAAUCUCGUAACAGAUAGAGAAGCAUAUUUAAUACGCGCUUUGCCUUCAGAACUCCCUCAGGCUGUUCUUCUUCCUGAAAUCUGUCCGAUGCACCUAUACUUGUCUUCCUAAUCGGUUGUGUUUAAUGGCUGGGAAAAUUAUCUUGCUUAAUAGAAGGUAACUCUUUCUCAUUACUGAUGGCACUGUUCCCUCUCAGGUACGACCGCAUAUUAAUUCAACUCGACUCAAAGCCAAGCUGGUAUCUACGGCUGUAUCCGGCGGGUAAGGUCCCGCUACUGCUGUAUCGGGGUGAGAAAAUGAUUGAGUCAGAUGUUAUCAUGAAGUAUGUUGACCAUAUCAAGGAUUCUGAAACUUCUCUACUGAGCGUCUGCGGUGAAGAGGGCUUUAAGGAGGCGUUGAACUUGUCGUCCGCCGCGAGUCCAAUGGCAGUAACAUAGUUCAUGCAUGUUAUUUCGCCUGGUGUAAAGUGAGAGCGUUUUUGAAUCAUGUAGAAUUCAAAUCCCCCAGGAGUAUUUCUUUUCUAGUCUACAAUUGCACCCAAUUAACAUUUUGAUAGUCACCAUAAUCAUCAUCACACUUACCACGGAUAUUAUCAGCAUAAUUACAAGUAGCACCAUUAUUACAAUGACAAUAUUAAUGAUUAUUCUCGUCAUCGCAUUCAAGCGAUCAUUGAAAUGACUAGCAUGAUUAAAAAUAUCUUCUGUAAUCUGGACAUUUGUGUUUGCAGAUUUCAUAUCUGAGCUCGUCAUCUGAGAUCGUGCAUUAUUUAAAAAUAAGAUUGAAUUAAUUUUGGAUGAUAGAUUGUUGCUUGUCACUCCCGAUGGGGCGGCUGAAAUGGCGUUCAUUAACAUAUCUAGUAAGUUUCAGUCGCAGGAGUAAGAAAGGCGAUUUAAGAGGGCACCGCUUCGGACUUGGGGAAGUAUGCUCCAUUUUGCAACUGUUGGUUGACCGCCACGUCCAUUUUGUUGUCCAGACCAACAUCAACUUCUUAAAAACCAGGCAUUCUUUAAUUCCUUUUAGGAGUACAGUUCAUGCAGCGACGAUCAUAUGCGCCUUCCUCCAUGUUGGGUUACUUUCACGAAACCUCAGUGAAAUACAGAUGAUUUAACUCUAAAUGGAGCAGGCCAGACAUGUGUACUAGCAUUAAUUGGGUUUAUUUUCACCGCCUAUUGUGCGCGUUUAAAGUAAUAUCUUUUCAUACUUGAUGUUUCAUUAAGCUGGCCUGCAAAAGCUUCUAUGUUGGGUACCUUUUCAUUUUGUUCUGUUUUUCUUUCAACUCUCGCAAUGCAUAUAAAAUAUCUGACGGGCUUUCAUUUUUCAUUCGCUGUUUAGCUGGCUGGUCCCCGCUACAAACUCUGCUUCUCAUCUAAGACAACCAAGGCUGAUUCUGAGGCCUUCAAAGAAGCUCUGUCAAAUCUCGACAAAGCCAUCAAGUGUCCCUACCUAAUGGGUAAGCCAGUUACCACUUUUAGGUCUUUGAUUUAUGUCUAACGUUGUCGCUCAGCAUAACGCCUGUUUGCGCACAAGCCAAAACGGCGACGUCUUAUUUAUCUCAACCGUACACUCUACUAUUCUUCUGUGUCAACCGCGAAGUACCUUUAUGGCUACCCUUUAUGCUGCUACCGGAAAUAAUGUUUAAGAUGGAUUUAACUCAACAUAACAUCCAGGUUUUUGGCACUAUAAGCACCCUAUCUUGUUCAAGAUGCCAAUUUUUGCUAUUUGUCUCGCUUUUGUUCUGUGGAUCGCCUAUGUGACUCUGCAAUUUACCAUUUUUAUGUGUCGACCUGCUGCCUGAAGUGUCGAUUAGUGGAAUUCGCCUUAAAAUAAAGCCCAAUUUUUGGCAAAAUGAGCAAUCCUAUUUUGCUCGCGUUACCUACGUUUACCAUUUGUCUCGCUUUCUUCCUGUAAAUUGGUAAUGUGAUUUUUUGCAAAAAAGGAAAAUAGCCUUCUGCAGCAUAUACCAUACAUUUAUUUAUUUUUGUAUAUUUAUUUGGCAAAAAAAAUUCCAACCAGCGGACCUACCCCAAUUUUAUCCAUCUGCAGGUGAGAAACUCUGUUUAGGCGACUUGGCUCUCUUCCCCUUCCUUAAUGCUUGGGACUAUGUGAUGGGCCGACUGCUGAAACUGGACGAAUCCUCUGGUGAGAGCAUCGAGACGAUGGCCUCUCAGUGGCCUAACGUGCUAAAGUACCGUGAAGUCAUGAAGCAGGAACCUUAUAUCGCAAAGAACUCCUUCCAGGAUGCUGACUUCAUUAAAUUUGUGGAUGCCCACCUCUAG